UGGGUGAUAUCGGAGAUGAUCUUGUGGGCUCUGCGUAGUGUCCAUUUGUGUUAGAGUGAUUCAAGGGAUGGUACUGUAGGGGUGAACCAAUGACUUUGGAUGCUCUGUUGAUGAUGCGCUGUAGUUUCUUCCGGGAGAGUGUCCCAAGACUGCCAAACCAGACUGUGAUGGAUGAGCCACAACCAAGAGUCACAAGUACUGUAUAGUACUAACUCACACAAGUAAUUAAAUUGAUGGAGACCUGGACAUUACCAACAUAAAUAAAGGUUUGCACCUCUUAGAAGGUGACAUCAUGAAAACUGUCACAAAGACCAGGAAGAGGAGGUCCCUCUCUACUGAUCGCACCCUUUGGCCACUGCCCGUCAAGUAUUCACUACACUGGACUCUUGGCAGACAUAAGGUCAGACUUUUGAUGAAGCCUCCUCUCCACUUCUCAACAUUUGCCGGUGGGUUAACUAGGUACAUCCAAAUGCGGUAAAAUGCAUUCGUGUGUUUUCCUCCUGUUGAGCAUGACAUUUGGGUUGGUGUCUUCACUGCCUAAUCCAAUACUCCGAGUUGAAAACCUUGACAUUACAGUCAUAAAUAAAGGUUUGGACCUGUUUGAGGGAGACAUCAAGACUACUGCUACCAAGACUAGGAGAAGGAGGUCCAUUCGCAGUACACUGCACCGUUGGCCCCUGCCCGUCCCUUAUGAUUUGGACUGGAGCCUCGAUAUGAAUGCAAAAGGAGUCAUCUUGAGAGCUUUCGAACAGUUCAGGCUGAAAACAUGUGUUGACUUCAGACCCCAGUUUUGGAAUGAACAACACAUUGAAAUCAAGAAGGCCCUAGGAUGUUGGUCGCAAGUUGGAAAAAAUGAGUGGGAGCAGGAACUCUCUAUUGGCUCUGAUUGUGACACUGUGGCAACCGUAGAGCAUGAGCUCAUGCACGCGUUGGGCUUCUGGCAUGAGCAGUCCAGAUAUGACCGGGACAAUCACAUCUCAAUCAACUGGGGAAACAUUGAAGCAGGAAAAGAGAAAAAUUUUGAAAUCAGAACAAACGAUACCAACAGCACCAUGGACACCCCAUAUGACUACUUCUCAGUCAUGCACUACCCUAAAGAUGCCUUCAGCAAUGGCAAGGGAUCUACCAUCAUCACUAAACUACCUGAGUUCCAAGAUGUGAUUGGACAGAGACUGGAUAUGAGCCAUUAUGAUGUUGAAGAGCUCAACAAGUUCUACAGAUGCAAUGAGUCCAUUUCCUUCCUGGACCACUGCAGCUUCGAUGAUGACAUGUGUGGAAUGAGCGUCUGCUCCAAGAGUUCAGUUCGAUGGGAGAGAGUGAGACGAGCUGUCGGAGGACCCCACUCUGACCACACCCUUCUGGACACUCACUCUCAGGGUUUCUUCAUGCACUUCAGCACCAAGAGAGGUAGAAUUGAAGACUCAGCUAAAAUGGAGACCAGGAGGAUGACCCCUAGAAGAAGCUGCAAGGUCCAGUGCCUUGAGUUCUUCUACUACCACAGUGGGAGUUGGUCUGACCAGCUCAACAUCUGGAUAAGAGAGUUUGAUGGUCUUGAUGACAUGAAGGGAACGCGCAGACUUAUGGGCCAAAUAAAAGGUUCUCCAGCUGACUACUGGCAGCUCUUCCAUGUUCCCCUGAACGCCACUAAGACCUUCCAGGUGGAGUUUGAGGCCCGCAAAGGACAAGGGACAUCCAGCGGUGGCUUCUCUGUGGACGACAUGAACCUGUCAGAGACUGAAUGCCCCCAUCACACAUGGCAGAUCAGGAACUUUGAAGGACAGUUAAAUGCCAACACUAACUCAUCUGUUAUGUUCAGCCCCAAGUACUACUCUAGCGAUGACUACAGUUACCAAAUUGCAGCAGUCCUGACCAGAGAUGAUUUUGUUGUCUUUGCUCGCCUUGUGUCAGGAAUUUUUGAUGACAAUCUGCAGUGGCCCUGUGCUUGGAGGCAAAUAACCUUCAUACUGCUAGACCAGAACCCACACAUCCAAAAGCGCAUGUCUAAACAAAGUAGUAUAACCACCAGUCCAUCAUGGAUAACUUCACAAUAUUUCGGCAGGCCAAGUGAUUGGGGAUCUCUGAAUAUGCAUGGGUUCUAUUAUGCUAAUAAGGUGUGGCCUCAUGGUCUGGUUAUGACUACCACUCAGCUCAGAUCCAGAGAUUUCCUCAAAGGAGGCGACGCAUUUCUCCUUAUUUCAAUGAAAGACAUCUCCCGCCUGCGUUACACGAAUAACCUCCGAUGCCCCACUGUGAAAGUGAAGUCCAUUUCUGUGUCUCCUCUGCCUCCAACUAAAGACGAUGGGCCAUGUGGAACAAAAAUUCCCAUUACCACAACCUCAACCCACCCUCCAACCACAACAACAUCAUCAACAACUGCUUCAACCCUCAGGGCUUCUGACAACUCACCAGUGACCCCUCCUGAAAGGUGUAAUAACAUCUUUUCCUUCACAUGCUACAAGACAAAGAUCUCCACAGGGGCUCUCGUGUUAGUUGUACUGUUUAUUUUUAUUUUUGGGAUGCUGUGUACAUGUUGCUGUAAUAAGACGAAGCGUGAUGUACCAUCGGCAGAAAAUAGGGUUUUUAUGCAAAUGCAGUAAACAUAGAAUCUGCAAUGUCUGCAAAAUCUUUCUUGACCUGGUUCAUACAGAACCUAUAUACAAAAAAUAUUACACCAAAGCAAUGAUUCUUUGCAUACUGAAAUAAAGCUUUCUGUUUGAAACUUG